UUCACUAUACACUAUAUGCUAUACAGAUGCUAUACAAAUGUAAAAUUGGGAGGAGUUCACGACACAUACUGAACGGAGAAAGAAAGAGGGAAUACUGUUGAAAUUAAAAAACAUGCAUGGAAAUAAAUCAGUCAUAAUAUGGCUAAUGAUAAGUCCAGUAAGCUCCGGCACCCUGCUUAUAACAGACGGGUGCUGUUGGCUUUGCCAGUGAAGUUGGUGCCCUUUUCCGGGUUCACAAAGCCUUCAUUUCCCUCGAUGUCCAACAACUUGUUUCUUGGCUCAGAGUCGUCCUUAGUGAUGUCGGUGCCCUGGGCCAGCUCCUCCGCCUGUUCGUUGGAGAUGGUGUGGGUCAUCAAGUUUCUGUUCGGAGUCUCUUCGGAGUAUUCCAGGCCCGGGUUGUUUUUCUUGCCCAGGACCUCGGCGCCCUGCUCGUUGGAGAUGGUGUCCAUCAUGCGGUUCCGUGGGGUGUCGUCCGCGUCGACGCCAAACUGUUCCUGGUUGUUCUCCGUGUACAACAUCCGGUUCUUGUUGGAGCUGUCAUUGUGGAACUUGGCCUUUAUCUUGUCUAAGAAACCCAUCGUGCGUCUUGGUAUAUAUUUAUCCUUUAGUGUUUUAUCCUUUAGUGUAACUGCAAAAGAAAUCAGUCUGGAUAAAGAGGAAGAAUAGAAGGAAGGGAGGAGAUGAAAAGAAAGAAGAUGAAAAGAGAGAAAGGCAGAUAGGAGCGAUACAAGAGCUACAAAGGUCACGGGAGUCUUCCGGACAACGUCUUAACUCAACGUAGGGCCGCCACCGCAUGGGC